CCUUGUUUUUUCAUUAACUGCCAAGGAAAGUGACGCUCAGGUCGCUGACUGCGCGCUAACUCGUGCACGGACAGGCUGAGGCCGGACGCGUCACGCCAAGGCAGCUGCAAUAAGGGAGAGCUCCUUCGGUCUCGAGUGGCCGGGCUGCUGCUUCUCGCUGGGCCCGAAAUCCCUCGUCUGCGGUUCCCUGUUGUUCUGGGGCCUGCGAGCUCCUCGUACCCCGGUGACAGCGCCCGGAAAACGGCAGAGCUGUGGGCUCAGCCCGGUGGGACUGUGUCCCAGCCCUUGGACGGAGCUGCCCAGCGGGACGUGCUCCCCUCCCCACAAGGACAGCUCACCCGGCUGUGCUCCAGCAGCUCUCCGCCAGCACCCUGAGAGCCCUCCCCACGCAGCCUUGGCCCAGCCAUGAGGUCACAGUGGGGCUGUGAGGUCACAGAGCCCAGCAGCGCCGCAUCAGCCAUAUAAACUGAGCGCUCAGCCUCUGGCCCCGACUACUGCAGCAGCAGCAGCAGCAGCAGCAGCAGCAGCAGCAGCAGCAGCAGCGUUACUGUGCAAGUGCGGUGGAGCAUGGCCCCCACCCACCGCCUUCUCCUCGUCUUCCUCCUCCUGGUGGCCCUGCAUGCCAGGGCUGCCUGGGCUGCUCCGUGGCGAGCACAGGGAGCAGACGAGGAUGCCGACAAUGGUGCUUCUUGGCUGGAUGUUGAUUUGGAGCCCCUGGAGCACCCUGGAGCUGUGCCUGCGGGUGAAGGCGAUCCCACUUCCCAGCUGGGUUCCAGGAGCGAGGCUCCGGCAGAUUGCGUGGUUACAGAUGUGCCCGUGGGAAGGGCUUUUCCGGCUCCUCAGCUGGAUGCUGUGCCACAGGCCGGCUGGCACCGCAGGGGUCCUCCAAGAGCGCAGUACCACCAACCUGAAGGAGGAAAAAAGCGCCCGGAGCCAUCUCCACUCCUGAGGGAGAUGCUGGACGAACUGGAGAGACGACACGACGAGGAUGCCGACAAUGGUGCUUCUUGGCUGGAUGUUGAUUUGGAGCCCCUGGAGCACCCUGGAGCUGUGCCUGCGGGUGAAGGCGAUCCCACUUCCCAGCUGGGUUCCAGGAGCGAGGCUCCGGCAGAUCGCGUGGUUACAGAUGUGCCCGUGGGAAGGGCUUUUCCGGCUCCUCAGCUGGAUGCUGUGCCACAGGCCGGCUGGCACCGCAGGGGUCCUCCAAGAGCGCAGUACCACCAACCUGAAGGAGGAAAAAAGCGCCCAGAGCCAUCUCCACUCCUGAGGGAGAUGCUGGACGAACUGGAGAGACGACACAAGACGGACCGAGAGGCUGUGAAGAAGCUCUUGUUUCCAGACGGAAGCAGCGGCUCCCUGCCAGUCCCUCCCGACGAAGCGCAGGCAACGCAAGGCGCCGGCACGCCAGUGCUGUCAGAGUCCGGAGAAGACCACCAGGCCAGCAGAUAUGAUUUUUUCCAAGCGGACUCAGGUACUGAGCAGUCUUGCUGGGGUCCCUAAGUGGGAGACGUGUCCCGAAAGCUGGCCAUAUCAAAGAGAAGUGCUGCAAGCUCACCAGUGGUGCACAGGACGGACUAACAUCCUGAAUUGCUCCUCCAGAUGCGGUCGGAAAGAGAAUCGCAAGUGCUGACCGUCCCCAGAGGACCGCAGCUGUUUUAUGCCCCCAAGAUGUGCGAAGGCGCUGUAUGAUAGGCACAGCAGCAGGCGUGAUUUCCGUGCCAGUUAUCAUAGUGGUCUGCUGCAUCGUGAUCCAUCGGCGGCGGCAGAAGAAAAAAGAGCGCGCCAUGGCAGGUUCUGGAGACUGGCUGGAAGCCGGUGGCCGCCCCUCGCGCCCGGACAGCCGCACCAGCCGGAGCAGCAUCGCCAGCUGGACCAACCGCCCUGGCAGCCCUGAGACCUGGACCGAAAACCAGCAGCCAGGGCUCCUGCCUGGCAAACCGGCGCACUCGGACUCCCCGCGGCCGCCACGGCCCCCACGGCCACCACGACCCCCGCGCCCGGCCUCAACACGGCCCUCACACCAGGCCACCACACAGCCCUCGCACCCGGCCUCAACAUGGCCCUCACACCCAGCCUCCACACGGUCCCCACAGAGCCUGCAACCCCACAGCCUGACCCCAACCACCCUACAACUGCAGGAUCAGUCUGGCGCCCUCCAGCCUCAACCCAAAACGGCCCAACCGGCCCUUCAGCCACCACUGAAGGUGACCCCGCCAGGGUCGGCGUUGCAGCACGCUCACAGACCCCUGACCGACAGCUUCUGGGACCAGUCGGCCGUUUGUCUGUGAAUAAAGAUGGACAAAGCUGUUGCACAAGUGUCCGAGUGGUACCAACAGCAAACCCCGCGAGGCACCAGCCCGGUGCAGCCGUGGUGCAGGCAGGGGCCGGGCACACUGGCUCCUCCAACCAGUGGCGGGGCCACGAUGCGCUGGGGGAGCCCACGGCCACGGCCAGCGACACCAACCUGAGCGCCGCACGGUACGGGAGCCCCACCUGGCCAGUGGCACGGACUGGUUUAUUGCAGCAGGGUCAUCUGGCCAUGGACCUGCUCAAAUGGCAUAGCCAGGAAAAGAGGGAAGGCAUCUAGAACAGCUCCAGGGACACAAGCCUGGCAAACAAGCCUGCUGGGGGCA